AUGUGGCUUUUUGUGCUUAAUCAAGAUCAAACAGUAACUUCUUACACAUUUAACAAGUGUGAGAUCCAUAACAACUUUGGGAACAAAACAAAAGUUCUGUGCUACAAUCAGAAAUUGUUAGAAGUCCCAACCUAUCUACCAACUAAACUUGUGUUUUUGGAUUUAUCUCAGAACAGUAUAUCAAGUCUGGGGAAGAAUGACUUCAAGAACUUCAGCCAUUUGCAAUCUCUCAACAUUUCCCAGAAUAAUAUAAGUAAAAUUGAGGAUGGUACUUUUAUUCAUACAAGCCACUUGGAGUUUUUGAACCUUAGUGCAAAUCAGCUGCAGCUUCUCUCCAGUUUUAUGUUUGACGGGCUCAUGAAUCUUACCACCUUACUGCUUUCCAGCAAUAAAAUAUACAGGAUCAAUCCUUCUGCCUUUGCCCACUUGGAGAAUUUAAAGGUAAUUGAUUUAUCUUCAAACAAAUUGUAUACCCUGAGUGCUAUGCAUGCUGUCUUAAAUAUGGGAUCUUUAAGAGAGUUGCACAUCAAAGACAAUGGCUUGCAAAACUUAACAACCGAAGAAAUUAUCAGUGUUCCUCCAUUUCUUGAGCUGGAUGUAUCCCACAAUCCUAUUUCCCUCAUUAAUAUUACAACGCCAGUUUUGCACAGACUUUUUUCGCUUGAUUUAUCUUUUGCCAUUGCCAAUGACUCUGUUUUAUGGGAAAUAGAAGAUUCUUGCUUUCUAGGAGGCUUAAAGGCUUUUUACUUAGGAGGGAUAGCAAUGAAGCCAUCUGAAAUAUCAAAAGUGAUCCAAAUGCUGAAUUGUUCUCAGUUAGAGAUUAUCCACCUAAACCAGUUAAAUAUAACUGAAUCAGAUAAUCUUAUAGAAAAGAUAUGCCAAUGGCAGCAGCAAGUGCAAAGUCUUAACUUUCAAGGCAAUAAGUUCACAAGCAUUAAGGCAGCGGCUUUUAAAAAUUGCACAAAUUUAAAGUUUUUGAAUAUGUCAUUUAAUAAGUUGGGAUGCCUACCUUUUCGAUCACUGAAUUUGUUACAUUCCAUUUCUUGGACAAACAACAUAUCCACUCCUGUACCAAUUAUUACUCCUAAUGUAUCAUUAUUAGAAAGCCUAGAUCUUAGCUUUAAUGAAAUCAAAAAAAUUACUUCUGAAGACUUCAGAUAUUUAAAUAAUUUGAAGACCUUUUGCAUCAAUGGAAACCAGAUUGAUUUUGUCUCUUCACAUAACUUUGAUAAUCUAAGCAAUUUGCAAGAACUAAAUCUAGGGCAAAAUUCUUUAAAAGCAAUCACACAACCUUUCUCAGGAAGCCUAAAUAAACUGGAAGUGUUGGUGCUCAGGCAAAAUGAUUUGGAAACCAUAGAGAAGGGCAUUUUUAAGCAUCUUUCUUCUCUUCAGCUUCUUAAUCUGGCAGACAAUAAGAUUGACACAAUAGUACCAGGAGCCUUUGAAGGUCUGAGCAAUCUACAGAUUCUUAUUCUUGGAUAUAACAGGAUCGGUAAAAAACCUUUUCGGGGAGACAUUUUUCAAGGUGCAAGCUCUUUAGCAGACCUUGAUCUUUUUAAUAAUCGUAUCAGCUAUGAAUCCUCAAAAAUGCUUGCCAAUCCACCCUUUAAACUUUUGAGGUCUUUAAAGAAACUAAAAAUAAACAGCCAGGGUGGUAAUGGACUUAAGUAUUUUCCAGUGAAUUUUUUAGACGGUUUGGAGUCCAUUGUACAGCUCCACGCAGGCAAUUUAGCCAUUUCUUUUUUAGAGCAAGAGACAUUUAACUUUACUCCUACUCUUCAAGAGCUUGAUUUGAGCAAUAAUAACCUUAAUUCACUAAGCAAUACUUUAUUCCAGCCUAUAUCAAAGCUGAAAGAAUUGCACCUGAAUAGAAAUAAGCUGACAUCUCUCAAUUUUUUUCUCAAUGCCAAUCUUUCAAGACUGACUCUCUUCAGAGCAACUGAAAAUUUUCUAGAUGUUAUCACUGAAGAGCAAUUAAGCACGUUACCUUCCCUUCUUUUCCUAGAUCUCAGGCAAAAUAUUUUCACCUGUGCAUGUAGCAACCAAAUGUUUCUCCAGUGGUCAUUACGGAACCCUAAAACUCAGGUGCUCCAUUUCUAUGAAUAUAUUUGCGCUUUCCCUCAAGCAUAUAAGGGAAACCCACUGUGGACUUUUAACACAUCCUCUUGCUUUAUUUAUUAUGAAUUGAUCCUGUUUAUUGCAAACACAACAGCAGUUUUUUCACUUAUGCUUGUCUGCUUCUUUUAUCAAUGUAAAUUGCACCUGGUCUAUAUGUUCCAUCUAUUGCUUGCUUAUUAUAUUGAGAAGAAACAAAAAAGGAAGGGGCAAGGUACGGGAUACGAUUAUGAUGCAUUUCUUUCCUUCAACAUCCAUGAUGAAAAGUGGGUAGUGGAUGACCUGCUUCCAGUUCUGGAAAACCAAUAUUGUUGGAAAGUUUGUUUGCAUCAACGGGAUUUUGAGCCAGGACGGCCCGUCCUUGAAAACAUCGUAGAUAAUAUCUACGCCAGCAGGAAGACUAUUUGUGUAAUAAGUCGCCACUAUCUGGAAAGCGAGUGGUGCUCCAAGGAGAUACAAGUAGCAAGCUUUCGCAUCUUUGAUGACCGUAAGGAUGUCCUGGUUCUUAUCUUCCUGGAAGACAUUCCUGCUGAAUACCUUUCCCCCUAUCACAGAAUGAGAAAAUUGCUAAAGACAAAAACUUACCUCAAAUGGCCAGAAGAUAAGCGGGAAAUUCCAUUGUUUUGGCACAAGCUCAAUAUGGCUAUGAAGACAGGAGAUGGAAAAGAGGAGGAAAAUCCUCUUUUGGCUGGAUUUGUUCCUGAUGAAAUUCCAGAAAGACCCCAUUACUCAUAA